CGCUGAACGCACCGCGCGCUCAUCCACUUGUUGUUCUGUUUGAGGCUCGGCUGCGGAUCGGAUCGGAGCGCGAGCCUGGAGACGUUGACCGGACGCUGACAUGGAGAAAGAAGCCAGACCCAGCUGGGACAACCCCUUACAGUUCGUCCUGGCGUGUGUGUCGUAUGCAGUGGGACUGGGGAACGUGUGGCGGUUUCCAUACCUGUGUCAAAUGCACGGCGGAGGGGGAUUCUUGAUUCCAUAUUUCAUCAUGCUAAUACUGGAGGGAAUCCCCUUAUUCUACUUGGAGCUUGCCAUUGGUCAGAAGAUGAGGCUUGGCAGCAUCGGGGCGUGGACUGCCAUCAGCCCUUAUCUGGGAGGAGUCGGUCUUGCUAGUGUCGUGACAUCUCUGUAUCUGUGUCUCUAUUACAACGUCAUCAAUGCCUGGAGUUUCUGGUACCUCUUUCAUUCAUUUCAAUCAGUGCUGCCCUGGGCAGACUGCCCCAUCAACUCCAACAGGACAGGAUUCUUAGAGGAGUGUGAAACGGCGACAUCGACCCAGUACUUCUUCUACAGGCAAACACUGGACAUCUCUUCUUCUAUUGAAGAGAAUGGAGGCAUUCAUACAGGACAGGCACUGUGCCUCCUGCUCGCCUGGGGGAUCACCUACAUGUUCAUUGUCCGAGGAGUAAAGUCAACUGGAAAGGUGGUGUACUUCACAUCCACAUUUCCAUAUGUAGUGCUCUUCAUCUACCUGAUCCGGGGCGUCACUCUUCACGGUGCCAUCAAUGGAGUCAUAUACAUGUUCACACCCAAGAUGGAACAGCUUGCCAACCCCACUACCUGGAUCAAUGCAGCCACUCAGAUCUUUUUCUCUCUGGGUUUGGGUUUCGGGACACUCAUAGCUUUUGCCAGCUACAACCAGUACAACAACAACUUUGAGCGCCAGGCCAUCGUUGUUUCCCUCAUCAACAGUGGAACCUCCAUCUUUGCCAGCAUCGUCACCUUUGCUAUCUAUGGGUUCAAGGCCACUGUCAACUACGAGAACUGCCUGGAGAGGACACGAUUACUGCUGCUGAACACCUUUAGUCUAGCAGAGGACAGCAUCACCGUGGACAGUCUCUCUGGCUGGAUUGACAGGCUGAACACAACGUACCCAGAGCAGUUUGCUGAACUCGCCAACAAACUGGAAGACUGUAACCUGGAAACAGAACUAGACACUGCGGUGGAGGGGACGGGCCUGGCCUUCAUCGUGUACAGCGAAGCCAUAAAGAACAUGCCACUGUCCCAGCUGUGGUCAGUGCUCUACUUCUUCAUGCUCCUGCUGUUGGGAAUGGGCAGCAUGCUGGGGAACGUCACGGCCAUCAUCACCCCGCUGCGAGACUUCAAGCUGGUGUCCAACAUGAGCAACGAGCUGCUCAACGGGUGUGUGUGUGUGUGUGUGUGUGUGUGUGUGUGUUGUGUUUCCCCCUCAGGGAAUUACUGGUUCACCAUGUUCAACGACUACGGCGCCAAUUUCUCCCUGCUGUUCAUCGUCCUCAUCGAGGUCAUAUCUGUCAGUUACAUCUACGGAAUCAAAAGGUUUGAAAAAGACAUAGAAGACAUGCUGGGUUAUCGUCCCAACUGGUACUGGAAGAUCACAUGGGUCUUGAUCAGUCCUCUUCUCCUCAUCACCCUCUUCAUCGUCUACAUUGUCAACUACAUCCAGGGAGGGACGCCCACCUACCAGGCAUGGAACAAAGAGCUGGGUAGGUCAGUGGUGACGGAGUAUCCUGUCUUUGCUCAAGUGUUCAUCGGGCUGCUGCUGGUGUCGUCGGUCAGCUGUGUUCCCCUCACAGCUCUGUAUGUCUACUGCAGGCAGAGGAAAGAUGGAGGGCUUCACAGGAGCCAGCCGACUGUCAGCACACUUUCUACUCAGUGACCGGACGGCCAUGCAGCUUCCUGCCUACAGACCUCCACAUCUCUGUCAGCAGCUGAACACAGCAACACCGCAUCAGUUAUUUGUGGCUGGUAAUUACAGGUGAAUGUAUCACUGCACAACGUCUCUCAGUAUUAAAGUCAGACUUCCCAUUAAAACCCUGAACACUGAGAGAGAUUCAAGUAGUUUAAAGUUAACCGUGCAACCGCAGAUAGUUUGUUUAGUUGCUAAACAUUAAGAGCAAAUGUAAUUCAGUACUUUAGAUUCUAGUUGACUAAAUUGUCAUAAUAAUAAUCAAUCAAUUUGUAUUUGUCACAUGGAAUAUGUUGAAUGUAUGAAAAUAUGCAGCUUAUGUAGUGUUUGAGUAUGUAUAUAUAUCUGUUUUUCCUAUGAAGUCAUUUUAAGAACUAGUUUCAUAUCUGUCGUGAAAGGGCUGCCCUCUGCUGUGAGACCUUAUCUGUAAGAGAUGUAUGUUACACAGAGAGCACAGGGAAGUCACAUGUAUUAACCAGUAAUAGUUAUGCUGUGGCAUAUAUCAAUAUAAUAUUUUUAAAUAUUUUGCUUUACACACCCUCAAAUAUGUAAAACGUGUACAUACUGUAGAUACUUCUGACAUCUAAUGAUCUAAUGAUGGAAUACUGGUGAAUUAUGUGAUUGGCUGAAUGAGAUGUUAGUAACUACCACAGACAAAGAGCUGACAUUAAAACUAGUUGAUGUAAAUUAAAACCAAUUAAAAAGUGCCAAAGGAUCAAAAGUGUCAAUAACAUGUAACAUCUCAUUAGUAGUAUUCUAAUCAUGUUCUUAUCUUCUACCCUUUUAUUUUAUUUUCAUGCUGAAUAUCAGAUAAAUAA